AUGCUCAUUGUUCCUCGAUUUUCAUCAGUCUCGUUUUGGCAAUCUUCUUCGUAGCUUCUGCCGGACAAUUUGCUUGCACGAGUCGCGAGAGCUCCGCUGCGUAGUCAUAAGAAAAAAAAAUAUAGCGCGUCAACAUGAUACUAUUAGCCUCGUUAUUAGUGAUCCUCGGAGUCCUUUUGAUCCUCCACCUGUACACUAUCACCUCGAGAAUCCGUUGGGUUUUAAGAUCUAUGUGGGGUCCACCGUCUUGGCCGAUACUCGGGAAUUUGUUAAUUUUUAACGUUCCAGUUGAGAAGCAGUGGAGCGUUAUCAGGAGAUUGACCAAAGAGUACUAUCCAAUCGCAAAAAUACUUUUCGGCCCGUUUCACGUAUACGUUAGUUUACGACAUCCCGACGAUUUGGAGGUCCUCUUAACAAGUCAAAAGCAUAUCACAAAAGGCGACAGCUAUUCGUACUUGCAUCCUUGGCUCAAAUCAGGUCUUCUCACCAGUACUGGUGAAAAAUGGCGACAGCGAAGAAAAAUUUUAACACCGGCCUUUCAUUUCAACAUAUUGAAAAAGUACAUGGACAUUACGAAUGAGAACGGUAUCAAAUUCAUCGAGGCCCUCAAGUUGGAGGGCAAAGAAUCGGUUCAAAAUCUCGUGACGUUAUGCUCGAAAUAUACUCUGAGUAUUAUAUUAGAAUCUGCAAUGGGGAUCAAUUUGGAAAAACUAGAUAAAGAGACAUCGGAAAAAUACGUUCAAGCAUUACAUCAGAACGGAAGUAUCGUAGUUUACAGGAUUGCGCGACCUUACAUCACCGACUGGAUGAUGAACACGUUCAUGAAGCUGGGUAGUGUGCAGAAACGAGCUUUGCAAAUCCUCCUCGAUUUCACGCAAAAGGUGGUGCGGGAACGCCGCGAGUAUCACGAGCGAACCGAUUACAAAUACAUCAACGGCGUCGAGAGCGACGAAAAAGAAUCCGACACGAACGACGUCUAUUUGAGCAGAGGACGCAGAAAGCGAUUAGCUAUGCUCGAUCUGCUGCUGUCGGCCGAGCAAGAAGGCGUGAUCGACAACGAUGGUAUAAUGGAGGAAGUCGACACGUUUACGUUCGAAGGUCACGAUACGACCGCGGCGGCUAUGACUUUCACGAUAAUGCUCUUAGCUGAAAACGAAGAAGCCCAAGACAAAGCCAGAGCCGAAGUCACGCAAAUUUUCGAUCGUUGCGACGGUAAGAUAGAGAUGCAAGACAUUCAAGAUAUGACCUAUCUCGAGUGGUGUGUCAAAGAGGCUCUGCGACUCUAUCCGCCGGUAUCGACCAUGAUGCGUACGAUGACCGAAGAUCUGCAGCUAAAGGACUUUUUAGUGCCCGCUGGUACCGAAGUUAUCUUUCACUUGUACGACACACACCGCGAUCCAAACUUUUGGGAAGAUCCGGAUAAAUUCGAUCCAGAACGAUUUUCACCCGAGCGCAGUCAUGGCAGGCAUCCGUUUUCUUAUUUGCCCUUCAGUGCUGGGCCUCGAAACUGUAUCGGUCAAAAGUUCGCUUUGAUGGAAUUGAAGUCGCUGAUGGCACGAAUCUUGUAUGAUUUCAAACUCGAGCCAGUGGUUCGUCUGGCGGACAUUGGAAUUCUACUUGAUAUCAUUAUAAGACCGUCUAAGCCAGUCUUCACCAAGUUCGUAAGGAUCGAUAAAUCUGCAAACAUGUAAUAAGGUGAGAUAAUGAAUGAUCAGUCAGAUUAAUGCAAGAUUUUAGUAUAAAAUAAAUCGUUUAAUAUCAUUGCAAUACCCUACUCAUAACUUUUUUAUAAAUGUUUUUACAUCAUCAACACUUAUAGCACUUCAAAAGUUUCUUCAAAAAUUGUACAUCUGUAUAAACAUGUCGAGCUAUUAUUCUAAAUAACUCUUAAAGCUUAUCAAUGCCUAAAUCACGAUGCCCUAUACGAGAAGUAGGAUGCUCAAAGAUCAAAAUAGAUACAAACAUCCUACUUGUAGUAAAAAGCGUCUACAGUGUAGACUCUACGCGCUCUUUGACAUGUACAUCAUAAAUAAAAGAAAAGUUUACAUUCCAAUAAAUACUUUUACAAGAAUCAAAAAUUAUUCAAAAUAUAAAAUACAUA